AUUUCCUAUAUAAACAAUGAUUACCUACUCCGCUUCGUUAACUAGUGGUUAUGAGUAUCGAUUUUACAAUACGCACAGGAAUCGAGUCAUGUUUUUAAUUUUUGCUGCACUUGCCUUUACAGGUAUUGCUGCAUGUGAGGAUUGGACAGAUCUUCAUGUGAAAUUCGCGUUGUGGAAUGGAUUCUAUGACAUGCCCCUAACGGUUGAAGAGAUCAAUCAGGAUGACCCUCCCAAGUUCGUGAAGAUGGACAGGGACGAUGACCUCAAUGUCGACUUGUAUUCCUACCCUAACGACCCUAGAGUGUCCAUACUGUUCGAUAGUUAUGGCAACAUUGGUGGUCUACGGACGGCCUACAUCAAAGCAGAUGUGGCGAAGAGGGCUGAAUCGAACAAUAUGAAGUUUAACUACAGCUAUGAUGACAAACCCAUGUUCACCAGCGGUAACUAUUGGGGAGUAGAUUUGUGGUAUACAAGCGUGCUGUUUGUUAGCCCAGAGAAGCUGAAGGCUGGCGGAAGACAGAACACAGAUGGUGUAGUGGCCGAGGAUGUUUACGUCAAGCUGAACGGCAACUGGACACUGAUAUCGCGGGACGAGUGUCAGGUGGAGGCCCAGGGAUUCACCAAGCAGGCCUGCUUCUUGGGGAUGGGAAUGCAUUACUUCUACGAAAUGACGCCUGACAUCCCUUGUGGGAAUUUGCAGGGGGUGUUUCUACUGUAUGAAUAUAAACAGCUGAUCGGCCUGGGAAUUAUCCCCUUUGGCUCAUUCACCUCCAAGGACAGGACUUGGUUCGAAGACCCCUCAGCUAACGUUGUCAAGGACAUCGUACCCAGUCGACCUGACUGUCUAACGGACUGGGUGACCGACUACGGCACCACAUCCUUGCACAUCUUCUUCAAGAAACACCCAAGGUUUACAUUCUGCACCUGGCCCUGGCAGCAGUCCUGUGAUGACUAGUCCAUCAGCUAUCAUUGGAUCGUUUAUUCAUCCAUAUGUCAUAAACCGAAUUAAAUAUAUUAAUAUAUUUUAUAUCCAGAAUUAAAUAUAUCUCAUAGUU